GGCCACCCGGGGCUGCUGGGGCUGCUGGGGCCGCCCGGGGAGCCGGGGGACAAAGGGGAGCGGGGCCGGCCCGGGAACCCCGGGACAACCGGGCCCAAGGGGGACACGGGUCCGGCCGGGCCCAAAGGAGCCAAAGGAGCCAUGGGCCCUCCGGGCGAGUCCAUCCAAUCGCUGCCGCUGCGGAGCCCCAAGAAAUCCAAACGCUCCCUGGGAUGGGGAGAAACCCCCGAAUUUGGGGAUUUCGGGGAUUUUGGGGAUUUUGGAGAUCCCGGGGCCCUGCUGGGCUCGCUGGAGUCGCUGCGGGCGGAGCUGGAGCGGCUGCGGAGCCCCCCGGGAACGCGGGAGCACCCGGCCCGGAGCUGCCGCGACCUGCGGAUGGCGCACCCCCGCCUCCCCGAUGGGGAAUAUUGGAUCGAUCCCAACCAGGGCUGCGCCCGCGAUUCCUUCAGGGUUUUCUGCAAUUUCACGGCGGGCGGGGAGAGCUGCGUCUUCCCCGAGAGGGAGGAGGUGCCGCUCCCGGACCCGGCCCCGCUCUGGCUCAGCAACGGCAGCAGGUUCCGUUACCGUGACUCGGAUUUCCGCUCCCUGGGCCGGGUCCAGCUCGGGUUCCUGCGGCUCCUCAGCGCCUCCGCCCGCCAGCGCCUGGCCCUGCCCUGCCCCCAAAAUUCCCAAAAUUCCCCCCAAAAUCCCCAAAAUCCCGGGAUGAACCCCCACAAUUCCCAAAAUCCCCAAAAUCCCGGGAAAAAACCCCAAAAUUCCCGGAUUUCCCUGCGGUUCCUGGGCGCCAACGAGGAGGAGCUCGGCGCUGACGGAGUGCGGGUGCUGCGCGACGGAUGCGGGAGCCCCGGAGGCCGCCUGGAGCUGGAGCUGGGCCGGGCGCGGCCGGAGCUGCUCCCGCUGCUGGACCUGGGCCUGGACGGGGCCGCAAUUCCCAAAAAUUCCCGGAAUUCCGUGAUCCACCUGGGGCCCGUCUGCUUCCAGGGAUAGACACCCCAAAAUUCCCAAAAAUUCCCCAAAAAAAUCCCAAAAAUUCGCAAAAAUUCUCAUAAAAUUCCCAGUUUAUUCCCCCCAAAAAUUCCCAUUUUUCUCCUCAAAAUUCCCAAUUUCUUCCCUUUUUUCCCCAAAAAAUUCCCAAAUUCUCUCCCCUAAAAUUCCCAAUUUUUUCCCAAUUUUCCUCCUCAAUUCCUGAUU